AAAAUUAAUAAUUUUUCUAUCAUUCCUUUAAAACCUCUCAUCACUGCAAAUCUCAUUCCCUAGAAACCCUAGCCGGCAAACUCGAGGAGAGAGAAAAAUCGCAGCAGCAGCAGCAGAACAACAACAAAAUCAACAACAAUGGGUAAGGUUCACGGAUCAUUGGCACGUGCCGGUAAGGUGAGAGGGCAAACUCCCAAGGUUGCUUCUCAAGAUAAGAAGAAGAAGCCCCGUGGUCGCGCUCACAAGCGUUUGCAGUACAAUCGCCGUUUCGUUACUGCUGUUGUUGGAUUCGGCAAGAAGAGGGGACCUAAUUCCUCAGAGAAGUAAGCGAAUGGAUAGCGAAAUGUGAAGUUGUGCAUCAACAAUAUCACAAUGCUUAGGAUAUUCUAGUAUCGCUUUAGUUCCUUUUGUCUUUUGAUAUUAAUGGCUUCUCAAGUAAUGUAUUUUGCGUAUUCAUAAAUCACUAUUGUUUUGUGAGCUAGUAUUGAGCUUUCUAUGUAGUUGGUACCUUCCUUUUCUAUGAUAGUUAAAAUUUUGGUCUCAUUGCAUACUUGCACAAAAGCUUGGAUUUAUCUUACUGGCAAUGGAUGUAUUUGAACUUUGUAUCUUCAUGUGUUUA